UGAACAGACAUGAUGCAGAGGAAGCUGGCGCUGCUGGUUGGCAUCACCACGUUUACCCUCCUCCUGGUGCUGAGGUGGGAGCACGUGAUACGCCUGGUGAACCUGAUGAGAAGCGAAAUACCCUCAGCUGAGUCUGAACCGCAGACAGACCAGCCAUCAGCAGAGCCUACACUGAUACCACGGCAACGGGCACCCACGGAGACCAUCACCCCCAUCCCAGGCUCCAGACACUUCAUGGUAUCUGCUUUCAAGGACCACAGACGGGGCGGAGUCAUCCGGGUCAUUAGUAUCAUCUGCAGGCAGGAGCUGCAGCCGCUCUACUGCGUCCUGUGUGCCAAUGAUGAUGCUAAUGCUAACGCUGAUUAUAAUGCUAUCACUGAUGCUAAGGCUCUGAGUCGAUGCACAACUUCACCGGCAGAAGUUGACGUGCACAGUGACAACUUCGGCUUUCCUUUUCACACUUCAGAUGUGUUUUGCACAAGUGGAUCAUUAAAGCAAGCCACACAUGUCAGCAUAACAACUGACCAAACCGCCAUCCACAAUUUGACAUUUUUACUAAUCCAAAACCAAGAUGUCAAGGUAAAAUCAUUUAGGUAUAACUUCACCAUAUGCAUAUCCAACCUGUUUGGGGAGUACAAUAAUGCCCUUCAGUUUGCACAGACCAUGGAGGUGUACAAGCUGAUUGGGGUUCAGAGGGUUGUCAUUUACAACACCAGCUGUGGCCCAGAUGUUGAGAAAGUCCUCAGGUAUUACAGUAGAGAGGGUAUGCUGGAAGUUGUGCCUUGGCCAAUAGACAAGUUCCUAACGCCCUCUACUGGGUGGAAGUAUGACUUGCACCGCGGUGACAUUCAUUAUUACGGACAGCUGACCACUCUGAACGAAUGCAUAUACAGAUAUAUGUACCAGUCAAAGUACCUCCUGCUGAAUGACUUUGAUGAGAUCAUUAUGCCUUACAAACAUGCCAGCCUGGAGAAGCUAAUGGACACAUUGCAGCAGCAACACCCCAAUGCAGGGGUCUUCAGGAUCGAGAAUCACAUCUUCCCCAAAACGCAGUUUGAAGACACUGGGCGAUUUCGUCUGCCUCAGUGGAGGCGUGUGCCUGGUGUGAACAUUCUGGAGCACAUCUACAGAGAGCCAGACAGGAAGAACGUGUUCAACCCCACCAAGCUGCUGAUUGACCCUCGGAGAGUGGAGCAGACUUCGGUCCACACCACGCUGAAGCAGUUUGGAUCCGAUGUUGCGGUCCCGUUCGAUGUCUGCCGCAUCAUCCAUGUCAGGGUCCCCCUGCAAGGACGCCUCUCCAAAGACCAGUUGCUUGUGGACAAGAAACUCUGGGAGUUUGAGAAGCGUUUGAUUCCCAGCGUUGAUCUUGCAUUGAAUCAAUCAGGUCUGCUGUGAACAAAAAACUGUGCUGUAUCAUUAUCUUCUGUCACAAAG